UGGAGCCUUUGUCUUACCUGAAGUGUGAAGUCAUGGUAACAGUGCCAGCCUCACAACCUCAGCCUUCCUUGGUAUCCAUCACUCCCAUGGGUGGGGCGAAUUCUAGCUCCUCUGUCUCAGUGGCAUAAAGCUCUGAGACCUGUAGACGACGUUCUCCUUAAGUUUGAAGCAUUUUUGUGAGACCGUUCAUGGACUAGCAGCCCUGCAGUUGCAUCCAUGGACUUUGUCAAGACUGAGGGAUCCCAGCCCGCCUACAGCCGCUGGUCAUACAGACCCUCCACCUCCACCAGCUUUUCAUCCAACUCAACAUCAAGACAAUUGACACACUUUCCUGGAUGCUCGGAGUCGGUCGUGACAGUCGUGGCUCCCACUGUAGCUAAGCAACAUGAGCUCAUCCCUAUCAGUGGCAUUGAGGACGACAGCAGCAGUCUCAUGAGGCAGAAGCUGGAGAAACAGAGGUCGCUGCUGGAACAGAAGCAGCGGAAGAAACGUCAGGAACCUCUGAUGGUCCAACCGAACACGGAGGCUCGACCCCGCCUCUCCAGGACCCGCCACCCCGAGGAGCAGGCCCCCCUUGUGGAGUCUCAGACCAGCUUCACAAAUGAAGUCAUCAUGGACGGUAUUGACGGUCCAGCAGCUUUCUUGAACUCGGAAGGUCCUGACCUGGGCAUGAAAAUCCAAAUCCUGUCCGUCAGCCAGCCCCAGUCUCCCUCCUUCCAAACCCAGCCUCAGCAUCAGCCUCCACCUCGGUCCCCCGUUUCCGAAGAGACGGAGAGAGACGGAGACACCGAGACGCUGCUGGAACCGAAGAUGGACAUCCACGAAAUGCUGCAGAAACAAGGUCUGUGUGGAAGCAUGAACUUCGACGAAGCCAGCGAGCACGAAGAGGACGCCGAGGAGGAGCGAACACGCUCCCUGUCCCCUCAUGCAGACCCCACCAGGCCUGCUUCGUCUGCGAGCAGCAAAGAGGUUUCCGACGUAGCUGUCCCGGGGUCACCCACAGCAGACCACCUGCUUUCAGAAAUGUCAAAUCUAGAAGAGUUUGUGCUGAGUCCUGCUCCUCGCGGCGUCACCAUUAAAUGUCGAAUCUCCCGCGAUAAGAAGGGGAUGGACCGCGGCCUCUACCCGACCUACUUCAUGCACAUGGAAAAAGAAGACGGCAAGAAGGUCUUUCUUUUAGCCGGACGAAAGAGAAAAAAAAGCAAAACAUCCAACUAUCUUAUUUCAGUGGACGCUACUGACCUGUCCAGAGAGGGAGACAGCUUCAUCGGUAAACUAAGGUCUAACCUCAUGGGAACCAAAUUCACGGUGUACGACAGCGGCUCCAACCCCGGCAAGACCGUUGGGGCGCUGAUGGAGGACAGCCCCGCCCGCCAGGAGAUGGCGGCCGUCUGCUACGAAACGAACGUGCUGGGUUUCAAAGGACCGCGGAAGAUGACCGUCAUCAUCCCGGGCAUGAACAUGAACUUUGAGAGACUUCCUGUUCGGCCUCAGAACGAGCAGGAGAGCCUCCUCAGCAGGUGGCAGAAUCACUCCAUGGAAAACCUCAUCGAGCUGCACAACAAGGCCCCCGUGUGGAACGACGACACGCAGUCCUACGUGCUGAACUUCCACGGACGCGUCACGCAGGCCUCGGUGAAAAACUUCCAGAUCGUUCACGACAACGACCCCGACUACAUCGUCAUGCAGUUCGGUCGUGUGGCUGAAGACAUCUUCACCCUGGACUACAACUACCCCAUGUGCGCGCUCCAAGCCUUCGCCAUCGGCCUCUCCAGUUUCGACAGCAAGCUGGCGUGCGAGUGAACGCCGGCGCCUCCCGCAGAAGGCCUCAUGCAUUACACGUUUUCCACAGAAGAAGGGAAGAGUUAAAAACCCAGCCGCUCCCACGCUCACGUGAUAUUUAGGAGCUCUGCGGUUUUAUCUGAGGUCACCUUUCAUGCCUGUUAGCUUUAUUUUACUCAUUUUUUUGGGUCUCAAUCAAGUCAUGGUUCAUUCACUGCUUUGUAUUAUACCAUGGCCUGGCAUUUUGGCGCCACCUGCUGGUCAAAUCUUUUUUUUUAACUUCAGGAACAAAAACAAAAUCUUAAACUUUGUGUUUUGAUUGUAAUGUAACACCGUUUACAUCAGAGAUGACUGUACCGUAUAACCCUCAUUUUAAUAUCACGCCUCCAUUUAUGUCAAUGUAAAAGGUGUAUUUUCCUUUUUGCUGUGAGUAACUGUUUUUAUUUGAAUGUGACUGUGAAUCUGCUUUUUUUCUUUUUUUGUUUUAGUUAAACAAAUAACAGGAAAAACAUAUUUUUAUUUCCAAACAAUGCAGUCAAUUUUCUGGAGUUGAUAACCACUUUUAGCGAUAAAACUUAUUUUAAAUCAGCUCUUUAAAGGGAACGAACGUAAUCCUUAAAUAGCUGCCUGGAUCAAACUCCCUCUUUAUGCCUUAAGGAACAGAUUAUAACAAGAUGAAAAAAUAAAGUUACGGUAAUAAAAGUAAUUUCAGGGUAAUAUUUGCUAUGUAAAAUUCUAUUUUCUUACAGAAAAAGACUAAGUAAGCAAACCUCUAAAUUGGUUUAGGAUCCAGCAAUAAAUUUAGUAGAAAAACAAUAAACUCUAUUCAGAUUCCUUAUUUUUUGUCUGUAGCGUGCAAUCAAGUUUUAAAGAAAGAAAAGUUAUUUAUAUAUUUUUAAAUGUCAGAUUUUAUUGCUGAAGACUUUUUGAGAAUCACACUUCCACCGAUCACACUGACAAACGGACGUUUGCAUGUUCUGUCAUUUUGUAUGUUCAGUGAAGCCAGUUCUGCAGAGGAACCUGGUUCCGAACGGGAAACGUCUUAAAAACACACAAAUAAAGAGGAAAAAGUGG